UAACGAUUUUAAUCAAACAUGUGGUUUAGUUUUUUGAAGGUCAGCAAUACUGUAUGUAAAUUGUUGGAGAAGUGUCUUAUAAAACGCAUCACUUCACAUGCUAAAGAUCACAGCUAAACUUUGAAGACACACAUGAAUGAUGGAGUCAGAGAACAUCUGUUACAACACCGAACACAAGAAUGACAGCAACUCUAUUAACCUGAGAGAUAUUUCCACCGAUCGAAACGCAGAUGACAACCAGAAACACUGCAUGAGUUUCAUCCAGAAUCAAGCAGUCAUUUACAGUAGAAGCAGAUGGUUUGUGAUGAUCACAGUGUUUCUCGGGCUCAGCUGUGUUUUACUGCUGGUUGCCAUCAUAGCGCAGCACAAUAAACUCUCCACAGAGAGAGACCUGAUGAAGAUGAGCUACAUGAACAUAGAAUACAGUGAAGCUCUGAGCAGCCUGAAGAUGAAUUACAGUCAACUGACCGAUGAAAGAGAAGAACUACAGAACAGAUUUAACUUUGUGAGAGAGGAGAAACUGGAGUUAGAGACCAACAACAAACUUUUGACAGGUGAGAAAGAAGAGCUUCAGAAAAACAUUAGCUCUAUGAGAGAGGAGCAACUGGAGUUAGAUGCCCAGCUGAAGAAGUGGAAUCUUCAAAGAGGAUCCAGCUGGUACUACAUAUCCAGUGAACAGAAGAGUUGGUCUGACAGCAGGCAGUUCUGCAGAGAUCGUGGUUCAGAUCUGGUCAUUAUCAACACUGAAGAAGAACAGAGGUUCAUUUCUUCAAUCAUCAAAGAACGUGUAUGGAUUGGAUUGUCUUAUGCACAGCAUACUGAAAUGGGUGGAUGAGACGCCACUGAAAAGAGGG